CGCAGCCCUGCCAUCAGUACUGCGCAGGCGCGCCGCGUCGCCCAGCGCAGCCUCCAGAGCGGCCGCGGCAGUGCCGUGAUCGCCGCUGCCUUUGGCGGCUGGUUGCACUGGGGCGGAGCCCGCCGCGCGGCAGCCGGCACCGCCGUCCCGGUCCACCCGCAUAGACCCAGCUGCCCGCCCCCAACAGUUGUCUAGCGCUCCAGCCGCCUGCGUUGCCAAGGCAACGGCCGAAGUCCUGCCCCUCCCCCGCCCCGCCUGACGUCUUUGGCCCUGCGCGCCGAGAGCUCCUGCACGCACCGAUGCUCAGCCGGGGCGAACCUAGACGGAGCGCGUCUGGAGGCGAACGUCGGAGGAUGUCCGGGGUCAAAAAGAAGAGAGGAGCACGCACUAUCUCCGCUCGUUUGGUUCAGCACCAGCGGCGGGGCCCUAGCCCACCCACGGUCAACCGCGUAACCCGGAAGCGUAGGGGUGGGGCGUUGGGAGACAUCCCCGAAGAAAAUUACGAAGAGGUGCAUCAUGUUCGCGGUCCCACACCACCUCAUGCUUCAGAGUUCUCCAUCACCGAUGUUCUCUAUGAGCCCUCCUCCCAUUUCCUAUCAGCCGGCAUUAAAGCAUCAUGAACUCCCAUCAACUAGUAUGGGACAGCCUUCCAUAACUCGAUCCCAGCUCGCCCUGAUGGGCCUGUCCCUGCUGCUCUUACUGCUCCUGUGCAUAGGGAUACCAGGCGCCCCUGAGCAAACCACAUGGCCCUGGUCAAACCCCAAUAUUUCAUCCCUGACCGGUAUCACUUUUGGAGAAACCCCCGUCUUUUUCCGUGAGGUGUACCCGAACCGAGAGGCACGCAGGCUGGAUGUGGUGUUGCUCCAUGGAAAGGCCUUUAGCUCCUUCACGUGGGAGCAGCUGGGCACACUGCAGGUGCUGGCACACCGGGGCUACCGGGCUGUGGCUAUUGACCUCCCAGGUUUUGGGAACUCAGAACCCGCAAAGGAGGCUAACACAGAUGCAGGGCGGGCAGAGCUGAUGAAGCAAAUGCUGGAGGACCUGCAAGUACGAAAGGGGGUGUUGGUGAGCCCCUCCCUGAGUGGCCAAUAUGCCCUACCCUUCCUGAUGCAAAGCCACUACAUGCUGCGUGGAUUCGUGCCCAUUGCUCCUGUCUACAACCAGAACUAUACCCGGCAGCAGUUCUGGGCCGUGAAGACCCCGACCCUCAUCAUGUACGGAGAUAUGGAUCACUUCCAGGCUACAGAGUCGAUGCAGCAGCUCCGCUUCCUUCCCAACCACUCUGUGGUGAAGCUGCACAAUGCAGGCCAUGCCUGCUACCUCCAGAAGCCGGAAGACUUCCACCAGGCCCUCCUUGACUUCCUUGACAGCCUUGCCUUCCAAUCAUCGGAUGCUUCGACCCCAGAUGAGGUCUGAAGAACUGUGCUUGUGCCCCUCCCACCCCUCCCAGAGAGCUAAGCCCACCCAUGACCUCUCCUCAUCUCGCAAACUCAAUAAAAAGCAUCUUUGUAGUGUG